UUCAUCUAUUUUCUUCCCCCACCACUGUGCACUUGCUUAAUGAUGAUGAGCUCAAAUGUGGAUGUAAGAAAAGGACCUGAAGAAAUAUCAAUAAGUAAAAACUCGUCCAAUAUUAAGUGUUGUUGUUUUUUCUUUAAACUGAGGAAUAAUUUAAGUAGUAUGUAUCCCAGAUUCGUUUAGCAUCACAAGAAAAAGGAACUUGCAGGGGGGAGAUGUCUGAUGAUCAACAAUUUUGUCUUCGAUGGAACAACUUCCAAACAAAUUUCACCUCUCAGUUUAAAGCUUUAAGAGUAGAUGAGGAUUUUGUUGAUGUUACGUUGGCAUGUGAAGGAAAGCGAAUCAAGGCUCACAAAUUAGUUCUUUCAGCAUGUAGUCCAUAUUUUAAAGAACUUUUUAAGGGUAAUCCUUGCAAGCAUCCAAUCAUCUUCAUGCAGGAUGUGGAGUAUGAACAUCUGAUGAAUUUAGUGGAGUUCAUGUAUGCAGGACAAGUGAACAUCUGCCAGACCAAGCUACCCAACUUCCUGCAUACAGCAGAGUCCUUGCAAAUACGGGGAUUGUCUGCCCAGUCCCAGAACAAACUACCUCAAACCUCAGAAGAUAGGUCCGAAGAGCUGAGGCCAGGGCCCUCGCUGGGUGAUAGUCCGGACAUGGAGUCCCGGGGGAGUUCCCCGGAUCAGGCUCUGGAUGAGGAGGGAGAGGGAGAGACAAGUCUCCCCUCCAAACGACUCAGAGAAUCUACCUCAUAUAAUGAUGUACCUACAACAGCGCUCAUAGAGACAAAAAUGGAACCUAUGGAUUACUAUAGUGAUGGCGAGAUCCAACCUACCACUUCCCACAACUCAAUGUUAGACCACCCUGUUGGGGCCAGCCGCGGGUAUACAAUGCAAGGAACGUUUGAUGCUGCAGCAAGUAUCUCAGCGCAGAUCUCACAACUACACGAGGCCUCUCAGGAACAGAUGCAAGAUAUCCGCUUAUUUCUUGACCAGCCAAAACAGUAUAUUACAACGCCUGGUAACUACCGAGCGGGACGUCGUAGGCGAGCGGAUUCACCUUUCCGUCUGAUGGGUCGACACUUCCCACAGUACGUCACCUCUGCGUCAGUGAACAAGAAGAACCCUCAGCGGCAGUGUAUAGUGUGUGGCAAGACAUCCCUACAGCAGCAGAGGCGCAAAGAGUCACGCUUCAUGUGCGGCCCCUGCAAUGUGGGAUUGUGCCUUGUACCGUGCUUUGAGAUAUACCACACACAACCCAUCUACUAGUCACAGAUAAGUCAUAGAUAAGCUGUAAUGUGAAUACAAGAAGUAUUAUACAUAAACCAUAAAGAAACUUAUGUAAGACCAUUACACCAUAAGCUACCUACUUACUCUUUGGCCAUGGAUAGAACUAGCUACACUAUACCCGUGUUUAAGUUAUUGCCAGUUUUUUAAAUUAAAUCGAGCUGGUGACAAUAACAGAUUUCUAUACAUUCUAACCAAGUCAUACUAUGUGUUGUACAAAUUGUAAGAGUAUUCUAGAACAGCUGGUGCAGCGUCCUCAUUUCGUUCAAUGUUUGAAUUUAACCUACCCUAAAAAUGUGCUGUAAAGUGAUUGAAAUACUAAUCAUUUAUAUGCUUUAUACACUAUAGGAAAAUUAUAAUGUGCAACGGGAGUGCAAACUGCCUUUACUGUACUCGAGAAACUUUCCACACUCGCCUACAGCUCUUGUGUAAACAUUUCUCUUGUGUGCAGCAAAGUGCCACUUCGUCUUGAUCAGAAAACAAGUUUUUAGAUAAAAAUUAAUGAUUUUUUUAGUAACUGCAAACGUCAACAACAACAAGGACAGCUGUUUCCCAAGACAGUGUGACAAAACUAAUUGAGCCAUAGAAUUCAGUGAUACAAUCUCAUUUUCCUAUCUCACCUGGUCAUCUUUGUAUAAGCAUUCGAAACUGCUCCUUUUAUUUAGGAAACCCCUAUACAGUAUGAUUACAAGGCAAGUAUGUUAUUGUUGACAAGAAACAUUUAUGUAGUUGGUUUUAUCUGUCCAAUUACUAACUGUACCAUGGUUACAAAUGGUAUGUAUUUUUACUGUGUAUUGACUUGUGAUAGUUUUUGAGCAGUCUAUACAAUUUUCUUUCUUAUGUUGUGGUAUAGUAUAGCUAUUCUUAUUGGUUAGGUUACAAUAACAUAGUACAAUCACUAGUUUAUACACAGUCGUUCAAAAAAAAAAAAUAUUUACAUAUCAUUAAGGAACCUAUAUUUUGUUUCUAGUCAAUGACCUUGGCAAAGGCAUUUAAAGAAGGUUACCAUCUCAAACCAAACCAGUAACACUUUACUUGUAUACCAACAGAAUAAUGAGUACCCACUCUUUGUGGUUAAUGAUCAAAUAUGUACAACAAUAAUCAUCUGAUCUUGAUGAAAGAGACUGUUGUGAUCACUGAUCAGUCAUUUGUUGAUCACACUAGGAACAACGAGAGUCUGCAGUUGAAGGAGGAGCCUAUUUACCACAAGCCUUUGAAGGAACCAAUGAGGACCACGCGCUGUUGCCAAAUCUAGGAAACGCUAGUCGACCGACGAUUCCUCUCAAAUACUACUGUAGUGGGGGAAGCCAAAUGACGUAACCAUACUGCUUCUGAUAAUAGCCAUAUAAACUAUCCAUGUCCAACAUGUCCACGUCGACCACGUCGUCUGGAUCAGUCAGUAAACAGAUACUAUUUCUGUGGGAAGGAGUUAAGGAAAGGCCAAUUGGCUGAUUAGGAUUAUUAUGUACGAGGAUAGGGAUCAGCUAGCUUACCUGGUAGAUAGAGUCCAGAUUAGCCUUGAUUACACAUAAAACACAUCCCUUUAAUUACUUGUUUGAUACUAUAAUAUAAUUGAUUACUUAAUACAUACUUAAACUUUACUUAAUAUUAACUGGGACGAAAUAUUAAGUUUUUCUGUGUUGUGUCAUGUGUUUUAUAUGUAAUCAAGGCUAAUCUGGACUCUAUCUACCAGGUAAGCUAGCUGAUCCCUAUUCUUGUACAUAAUAAUCCUAUUUCUGUGGGAAAUCAUAGAUACUAGAGGACCCAUGCUGCGCCGCAACGAUAAAAUAAAUAUAAUAUCCGAUAAAUAAUCAAAUUCAUGAUUUUUAUUGAGUAAAACAGUAUCUCGAGCUUAACUGAUUCAAACGAUCAAUAGCUCAAAUUAAAGCCCAUAAUUUACUGAUUAUUUUGAGUCUAAAACAUAUAAAAAACCUGAACAAUCCUGGAGCUAUUUAUUUUGUUAACAUAGAAAUACUUUAUGAUAAAUAAUUUUAAUGUUUGUUAUUCACCUUGCGUUUGCUUAAAACUCGUCCGAUUUGAAAAACUGAUAGCUUAAAUGAAAGCCGGUAUUUCACUGAAGGUUCUUAGAGCAAAAUAUAUAGGAUUGUAUAGUUAUAUAACUGGUGAAAUACAUCUUAAAUUGAAGUAAGAAUUCGAAAAUGAAUCAAAUUAUGUUUUUUGGUUGAGAAAUACAGUAGGUAAAUAUAUGCCGUCGCUUGAUGACAAAUCUGUGCAUGCACCUUCAAUUUGAAAGCUCAAUCAUGAAAAUCGGUCGGGUAGAAGAGCCAAACAAACUCGGAAAAGAGAAACCAAAUUUAACUCCCAUAAGAAAUACAUGGAGAGCAAAUUUUGUUUACGUAUAAGCCAAGUGGGAUUAUAGAUAAAUAUAUGCAGAUGCUUGAUGGCAAAUCUGUGUGUGCAUACCUUCAAUUUGAGACCUCAAUCAUGAAAAUCAGUCGGGUAGAAGAGCCAAACGAACUCAAUUUUUGAAAUAUAUAAGAUAAGAACCUAGAUGUGUGAAAACAUCCUAUCCUGUUCGUUAAAUAUAGAGGUACAUGAUAUCUUACAGUAUACUUUGAGAUACAAACUUAAAAUUAUAUUGCAUUUAUAAGGGGCGGAUUCUUGAGCUGUACAACAAAUAUUUUUGCACGUUGUGUUUGCAUGGUUUUCCAUUCCUUAGAAUACCUGAUUUAAUUGUAUUGACGGUGCCCAUUGCAUUUGAACAAUGCCUGAAAAGGAAAACAAAUUUCUUAUUCUCCUUAUGCAGUGUCUCUAUGAAGGUUUUUCAAUAAUAAUGAUGACUUCACUUGGUGAGGGGUGUAAGGCUCUCCUCAAAUACUCCCACCACUGUAUUAUUUGUGAGGAAUCGUCAAUGGACUAGCGUUUUUAUACCAGCUGAUUUGAAAAUAUUGUUUAGUAUAUCUUAAUUAGUGUUGUCAACAGGCGAAAUGGCAACGUCGCACUAGCCCUGUCUUGUGAUUGGCUGACGCCAACUGCAGACUCUCGUGGUCCCUAGAAGGUCUUAUCAAAGCAGUUCACCAUUUAUUGUAUGUAUCAGGGAUUCAUAGUGUAUUGUGUGAUACAGUAUUCAUAAAGAAAAUGUGAAGUAUUAGUAUUACUUGAUAAUUCAUUAAUAUAUUAAUUUUUAUUGUCAGUACAUCAAUUGACAGGACAAAUUGUCAAAUUGAAUUGAAUCUAAGACUUGAAACUAACAGGUAAAAUUAAAGCCCCGGCUUCACGAGGCGAAUUUAAGCCGCGCUCAGGGUUCGACACCUCAUUGAAUAAAAAGAGAGUGGCCACACGAGGCGAAGUUUAGAGGCAUGUACGGUUGAGCCGUGCCAUGUCGUCCCUCGACCGCGCGUAGUUAAGCCUAAAUUUUUAUAAUAAAAUAUAUUUGAUGAUGUUGGAGGGGAUGACACAAGCAGUCUUAUGAGAGUGGCCACACAAUACGGUUCGACUGCGUGGCAGCCGCGCUUAUUGUAUUGUGUUCUUCGGACAUUUCCAGUGGUUUUUGAGUUUGUAUUUUGUGUGUUUGUUACCGGUUGUGUGGUGUUUGAACAAUGUUUAAAAAACACCGAACUAUGGUUUCGCAUGUGCUCCUAAAAGGUUUGAAACAAAAAUGGUUUUUCCGUAAUGGAGGGAUGAACCCAAUAAUUUCUGUUAACAUUUGGUUCCAGAUCACCACACGCUUCUAAUGCACAAACUAACAUAAGUGUCCCGUCCUUGGCUAAAAAGAGUGAACUGAACUAUGUUUUAAUAGAGUACUCAUACUAGGAAAACCCAACAGGAAGCGGUUCAUCCGCCCCGUGUGGCUAGGCACUUUGUGCGGCUUAACUUCGCAGGAAGAUAAGCCGAGCGGCUUAAAUUCGCCUCGUGUGGCCGGGGCCUUGUACAUCAUUAGGUUUAUUAAUACCUCAUGGCACUAGAUCAGCGGGUGCUACGUUGCCACAUGUCACACACCAACGCCACUGCCUAGGAGCAUUGACUAUAUAUACCUAUAAUAAAUCAGGUGUCUAUGGACUGUAGGUAUAUAUAGUCAAUGCUAGGAGGCUAUAGCUAAAACUCUUGAUUAAACAACAUUUCUGAUCACAAGUGUUUCAAGCAGCUUAAUCAGUUGACUGAUUGUUUAAAGUUUCUCACAUAUAAUCUACUUCCAUUUCGUCUUCAAUUAAUCUUUUCGUUUUUAAAGUAACACUUGUAAUGGGAAGAAACGAAAGUAAUUUGCAUUAAGUAGUAACUAUUGAACAAAAAUGCAAUACACAUCUAAGUAAACUUGAGUAUACAAAUUAGAGUGUACAGUAUAUAUGUAUAUCAGUUUGGAGCAUGGGAUAUCAGAAUAAGGGAUAUUAAUAGGAUUGUAAUUAAGCUUAAGACUAUUUAUUAACUAUAUACAUACUGUACUUGUACAAUGAUUGUGAGGUAAAUAAACCAU